AUGACAUCGAUUCCGUUAAAAAAGUUAACGUUAUAUAAAAAUGAUUUGGGUUAUUUUGAACGAAGUAUCGUGGUGGAAAAAGAUGCAGGAAAACUUGUGUUAGAAAUACCAAAAGUACAGAAAAGGUUGAUUAUUGAUACAUUGUGCGUUAACUAUUCAAAACCAGUUACAGUCAACUACGAUGUUGAAGAACAUGAUGAAUUUUUAGCAGAAAAUCGUAAAGAAGAAAUUUACAAUUUUGAACAAACAUCGAAUUUUGCUGAAUUUUUAACAUCGUGUAUUGGUUGUGAAAUACAAUUAACAUCAAAUAAACAAAAUGUUAAUGGUACCAUACUCUUAGUAGAUAAGAAGAAUACAACUGUUACAAAUGAACGAUUAGAUAAAACAUUUGAAUCAGUAAAACAUAUUCUUCAUGUUCUACAGUCUACUGAUCAAUGUAUAUACAACUUUGAUUUGGAUUUGGUUGAAUCAAUUAAAUUUAUCGAUCCUUAUUUACAAGACCAGUUAACAAAAAUGUUAGUCAAAGUAUCGAAUAAUCGAAAACCAAGUUUAAGACAGUCAGAUGAUGUGAAAGUCCAUUUUGAUAUUGAAAAUCCAACAGAUGAACCUAUUAGUAUAUCAUAUAUGUUUCCCACAAUUGAAUGGAAAUGUCUUUAUCGACUUGAGGUUGAUUCAAAUAAAUCGGCUGCUCAAAAAAUACCAACUACAAAAAUCAAUUUGACAUUAUUUGGUUUAAUUAAGAAUUCAACAAAUGAAAAUUGGACUAACGUGGCACUCAGUUUAGUAGCCAAUGAACUAGAAAUAUUAAAAAAUAAUAAACAAUCGUCCGUUGCUGCUUCAGUUCUAUUCAAAUCAAGUGGCUAUCAAAUCUACUUAAAGACGCUAACUGGAAAAACAAUCACACUUGACGCAUCUCCAUCAGACACAAUAAGUACUGUGAAGAGAAAAGUUGAAGAUAAAGAAGGUAUUCCGCCUGAUCAACAACGUAUGAUAUUUGCUGGCAAGGGAUUAGAAGAUCACAGAACGUUAAGUGACUACAAUAUACAAAAAGGUAAAAACAAAACAAAACAAAACACAAAAAUCACAAAAAAAAAUAUACUUUGA